AAAAGAAAAGAAAAGAGAAAAGGGUUUCUUGUUCAGCGAGUCACUAAUUCAUCAAAUAGAGAACAAAAAAAGAAGAAAAACCUGUUUUGUUGGUCAUCGAAACUUGAACGCCAGAUCUCUUCUCUAUACGAAAAUCUCAAUAAGAAUGAGCAGAGGAAGUGGAGGCGGGUACGAUCGCCAUAUCACCAUAUUCUCCCCUGAAGGUCGCCUCUUUCAAGUUGAGUAUGCGUUCAAGGCAGUGAAGGCAGCUGCGACAACUUCCAUCGGAGUUCGCGGCAAGGAUUCUGUCUGUGUCGUCACUCAAAAGAAGGUUCCGGACAAGCUUUUGGAUCAGACUAGUGUUACUCACCUUUUCCCUAUUACCAAGUACCUUGGACUACUUGCCACCGGCAUGACAGCUGAUGCAAGGAAUUUAGUACAACAAGCAAGGAAUGAAGCGGCGGAGUUUAGGUUCAGAUAUGGAUAUGAAAUGCCUGUGGAUGCAUUAGCUAGAUGGAUUGCGGACAAAUCACAAGUUUAUACUCAGCAUGCAUACAUGAGACCUCUUGGAGUUGUUGCUAUGGUUUUGGGUAUUGAUGAAGAGAAUGGGCCUCAACUUUACAAGUGUGAUCCAGCUGGCCAUUUUUUUGGUCACAAGGCUACAAGUGCUGGAUUGAAAGAACAAGAGGCUAUCAAUUUCCUGGAAAAGAAAAUGAAAAAUGAUCCUGCUCUCUCAUAUGAGGAAACUGUGCAGACUGCUAUUUCUGCUCUUCAAUCUGUUCUUCAAGAGGAUUUUAAAGCUACUGAGAUAGAGGUAGGGGUUGUGAGGACGGACAAUCUUGUUUUUAGAGUGCUGUCCACUGAGGAAAUUGAUGAACAUUUAACUGCUAUAAGUGAACGUGACUGAUUUUGUGGGAUAGCCUGAGACAGUUUGGAAAGGAUUGUGCAAUCAUUGGAAUUCAUCAAAACUUGCUUGAUUAAUCAUGUAGUUUGACAGGAAAAAAAGGAAGCAAGAUAAUUUGUUUGGAUUAUAUUCCCGCCCACCCCAAAAAUUUGUUAAACUGCCAAUCAUGUUACAACUAUUGCUGUUUCUGCAGUUAUCUUUCUGUCUGUUGGUUUUCCAAGAAAUAAUGAUGAGCUAGAUGUCUUCAUUAGGUUUUA